GCAUGGAACUACCAUGGAUAAAUGGUAAAAAAAAGCCAACUAAAAGAAGAAAAAUCAAAUAAGAAAUUAAAUGCUGUCAAUAUUCACUGGGCAAACUCCAAAAAAGACACGUCGAUACACUUUAUUGGCGUUGAAAAUGAUGACACCAAUAUUUUUUUUUAUCAAAAAAAGAAUACAGGUGGCACAAGAAAAAAAAAAGACGAGGCAAGUCCAUUUCAAGCAAGUCGCAUCAGGUUAUGGAAGGACAUGCCGAUUUGACCAGUCCUUUGCUUUCAUCUUUGGGUGUGGCUAUUGCUCCUUGCUUUCAUUGAUCUUAAUAGUUAGCUCAGUUUAACGCGCGUUACUCUUGGCAACUGCCGAGAACUAUUUCAUAACCACUGGUUUCAUUUUCGCAUUUUCAUUGGUAACAGCGAGAUAGAAAAUUUUUUUUUUCUUGAUUCGACUGAAACCCCACCUUUUUUUUUUGUUAUUAUUGCUCAGUUUUUUUCCACCUCCUCCUCUUGCCCUACGUAAGAACAACGAGUCUCCGC